AUGACAGUUUCGUAUAUUUUGGAUUCCUCUACUUCAACUGUUGGGUCAUUUUUAAGGAUUCUUUUUAGAUGGCGAGGAUCAGUUUGGAAGUCUGUACUAGUCGAGGUGAUUGUUUGGAUCGUUCUCUAUUAUAUCGUUUUUAGCAUUUAUCGGUUUAGUCUUGAUACAAUACAGCAAAAAAUGUUUGAAAGUAUUGGGCGUCAUAUUGAUAUUAGAUUGCAUCUCCUACCUUUAACUUUUAUGUGGAAAAAUAUAUUUCAAAACAUAGGCUUUAUUGACAGUGCCGCUUUUUACAUUAAUACUUAUAUUCGUGGAGAUGAAUAUUUGUGUUUAACACAAGUUUUGGUACUUCGCGAUAUUUCUGUACCCGUUAGGAAGCGUUUCCCAAAUCUGGAUUCUUUGGUUGAUUCGGGACUUUUGAAAAAGAAUGAGCGCGAAUUAUUAGAAAAUAUACCUUCUGUUGGAUUUAAUAAUUAUUGGAUACCAAUUAAUUGGAUUUUUGUUAUCUGUUACCGCUUGCGUCUUUGCGGUAAUAUUGUGGCAGAUAUGUUGAUGAAUGCGAUAUUGAAUGAAGUUAAAGUGUUUAAAGAGAUAGACAGAAUAAUACCCUUAAUGACUAUUUUGGAACUAUUCUUCAUCAUGGGCUGGGUUAAAGUUGCAGAAGCUUUAUUGAAUCCUUUAGGAGAAGAUGACGAUGAUUUUGAAUGUAAUUUUAUAAUUGACCGAAAUAUUGCAAUGGCUAUGACAAUGGCUGACAUGUGCUAUGACAAAACACCAGAACAGAUUAUUUCUGAAGAUUCUUGUGACGAUUUAUUUAACCCGAAAACUGAGUUGGCCCCUUUAUAUGCAGAAAGCAUUGCAACACAACCCCAACACCCACUUGUCGGCUCAGCAACCUUGUGUAAUUUGCCAGAAGAGCAUUUGCCCGUUCGGAUGGUAGAAAGACAACAAGAAGUAAAAAGAGGAUCUAAUGUUGAUGAUUCCCUUUCCAACACAAACAGUACAGAAUUGUCUACUGAAAAGGGUCUAAAUUUGCGUCGAUUUUCUAAUAUUUCUAUGAAAAAGUUGCGAAAUAUGCGUCAAUCUAUAUCAAUCCCUAUACAACCAAAAUUUUGUGGAGGGAAGUUAUCAAAAAUUAGCGAAAAACAAAUUGAACAAAUUAAAAAUGGAUGGUCACCAGAAAAUUUGAAAAAUUCUAUACACACUAUAGAGAGACUGGAUGAGACAUUGGAGAGACAAAAUGAUAUUACCACAACGCCGGCUAGGAAGUUAUCUGCACCAGUGUUACUCACUACCACCUCUUCAUUACCUUUACCAACAUCACCUGAAAAGCAAAAACCAACGAGACCAUUCCACUUGCCAUUAGCGCCAGUAAAUGAAGACGAAAAUUUGGAAAGUGAAGAAGACUCGUUUAACAAUAAAUGUCAGACAAGAAGGGGAGAAUAA